AGUCUCUCACCGCGACGUCAACUGGACUGUACUCUGCUGUCUGUGCUUCCGGGUUCAUUCUACAUUUUUUGUGUUUCUCCAAACUCUGCGCCUUUCUCAAAGUUGGGAGAGUGUGGCUUGUGUUCCGCGUUCGCCAUGGAGGAACUUCUGUCAUUCACAGAUGUGGCCAUUAAUUUCUCUGCAGAGGAGUGUGAAUGUCUGGACUCUGCUCAGUGGAAUCUGUACAGGGAUGUGAUGCUGGAGAAUUACAGCAACCUGGUGUUCCUGGGUCUUGCUUUCUCUAAGCCGUAUCUGGUCACAUUUCUGGAGCAAGGUACAGAGCCUUGGAGUGUGAAGAGACAAUCAGCAGCUGCCAGCCGUGCAGGAUCCAAACCCCAUAAAUGUAAAGAAUGUGGGAAGGCCUUUGAUAGAAACUCAGUCCUCAUUCAGCACCAGAGAAUUCACACUGGAGAGAGACCCUAUGCGUGUGAAGAAUGUGGGAAAUCUUUCAACUAUUCUUCCAGCCUUAAACAGCACCAAAGAAUUCACACUGGAGAGAAACCGUACAAAUGUGAGGUAUGUGGCAAAGCCUUUAGCUGUUCGUCAUAUCUGGGUAAGCAUCAGAGAAUCCACACUGGAGAGAAGCGCUACAGAUGUGAAGAAUGUGGUAAGCCUUUCACUAAUUGCUCAGGCCUUGUUGUUCACCGAAGAGUCCACACUGGAGAGAAACCCUACAAAUGUGAGGAGUGUGGCAAGGCCUUUAGCGUUCGCACAACGCUUUCGAAACAUCAGAUAAUUCACACUGGAGAGAAGCCGUACAGAUGUGAAGAGUGUGGAAAGACUUUUAAUGUUCACUCAACACUUUCUAAACACCAGAGAAUUCACACGGGAGAGAAACCUUACAAGUGUGAAGAAUGUGGCAUGGCUUUCAAUGUUCGCUGCAUCCUCUCUAAACACCAGAGAACCCAUACUGGAGAGAAACCCUACAAAUGUAAAGAAUGUGGCAAAGCUUUUAACUGUUCGUCCAGCCUUCACCAACACCAACAGAUACAUAGAGGAGAGAAACUCUACAAAUGUGAUGAUUGUGACCAGGCGUUUAGCUGUUCUUCUUACCUGUACAAGCAUCGGCGAAUCCACAGUGGUAUGAAACCCUACAAAUGCAAGGAAUGUGGCAAAGCCUUUUACUGCUCUGUCAACCUUAUUUACCAUCAAAGAAUUCAUACUGGAGAGAAACCAUAUAAAUGUGACGAGUGUGGAAAAGCCUUUAGCAUUUGUUCAACUUUUAUGAAACACCAGCGAAUACAUAGUGGAGAAAAACCUUAUAAGUGCAAAGAAUGUGACAAAGCCUUUAAUAAUUGUUAUAAUCUAAUUCAACACCAAAGAAUCCAUACUGGAGAAAAGCCCUUCAAAUGCAAAGACUGUGGCAAAGCCUUCAAUUAUACUUCAAGCCUUGCUCAGCAUGAAAGAAUUCACACUGGAGAGAAACCCUACAAAUGUGAACAGUGUGGCAAGGCCUUUAACUCUUCUUCAAACCUUAAACAUCACUGGAGACUCCACACUGGAGAGAAGCCCUACAAAUGUGAACAGUGUGGCAAAGCCUUUAAAAAUUGUUCAGGCUUUACUCGACACUACAGAACUCAUAUCAGAGAAAAUCCAGAUUAGUGUAAACACUGUCUCAAAGCCUUCAAUAGUUGUUUAUUGAUACUUCAACACUAGAGAAUUCAUAAGAGAAACUCUACAAGUGAAAGGGAUAAGGGAAGACCUUUAAUAACCCUUAUUCAACAUCCAACAUUUCAUACUAGAGAGACCUUAUAAUGGUGAAGAAGAUGACUCUCUUGAGCAUUCUGUAUUUAUGCAACAUCAAAAUUUAGAUUUCAGAGAAUCCCUACAAAUGCCAAUAAUGUGGGAAGUCCUCUUUAACCACAAGUGAAUUCUAAUCAAACUUCAUAUACGCAUAAUGCCUUGGGAAGGAACAGUCAGCUAUAUAACACUGGGAGAAGCAAAGAGUAAAUGCACUAUGUAAGCAGUGUUGCAAGACUUUCCUCAUCAUGUAGACCUUAAGAGGUUUAAGGAAAUGAGCGUAGACAAACUUCAUGAAUUGUAUGCAUAGAAUUUAACACAGCAUGGAAUAUUGCUUAUAAUUCAUAGGGGACUUUGAUGUGAUAGAAAAACUCAUUAUAGACUUUGGGAUAUAGAUAACUUAAGUUUAUGAGGAUAUCAAUAUGUUAUAAAUACAAGUUAUAACAUACACUCAAUUUUGAAAACUAUGGGAUCACAACUGUUAGGUAAUUUUUUCAGAAGAAUAUGACUGAGUCCUGAGACUUAAGUGUCUGUUUCUUUUUUUUUUUUUCAGAAAUCAUAUAAUGCAUUAUUGGAAUAUGAAAUUUAGUGACUUUUAUAAAUAAAACUGAGCAGUUCUUAAAUGCAUUGUCAAUGUUGUGUAUAGAAUUACAUUCUGCUAUAGACAUUAAGGUCUCUACCUUAGUGAGGUGUGAAGGCUCACCUUGGUUGUCCUCUUGACACAUCCAGGAAGAGGGACCGUCAAUUAAGGAUCAUCUCUAUCAGAUAAGCUUAUGACCAUGACUGUUACGUUUUCUUUAGCACAAUGAUAUAGGAGGUCCCAGUCCACAGAGGACUAUAGCAGCCCUCGGCUGUGAGCCUGGGCUGUGUACGAACCGUAUCCAAAUGAGACUGGGAGUAAGCCAAGUAAGUAGCAUUCCUUCGUGAUCUUUGCUUAGGUCCCUGCGUCACAUUUCUUCAAUGACGGACUGUAAUGUGUAAAAUGAAAUAAACCCUUUCUUCUCCAAGUUGCUUUCUGGUCAUGGGGUUUAUCAAAGUAGCAGAAACAAACUAGGGCCUAAGGAAUCUAGGUAACAUUUUAAUUAUAACUACUGGCGAUUAGUGGGAUAAUUAGUCUGUUCCAAUGUUAAUGUGCUUCAGCUAAUUUGUAGCAUAUUAUCAUUUAUGUUGUAUCAUUAUUCAUCCACUUAUCAAUCAGUUUUAUAUCAUGCAUUUUAUAAUAAAGUUAUGCCCUUUUGA